AUGGCAUCUAUCUUGCAUCCUUUACUUGGAGACCGUAGCCCUGGAUUGAUUCACCACUCACUUUUGUCAUUUCCCGAGGAAGAAACCCUUGUCGCUCGAUGGCGCAGGGUUGUCGGCAACUUCUUGAAUUCGAGAUGGGGCCAUUACCUCAUCCUCCUGCUCGUCACUAUCGAUGUCUGCUGUAGCUUUUCUGUUUUCCUCAUUCAAUUGCAUGUUUGCGAGUUGAAGUUGAACGGGUACCUUGUGGACCAUGGCUGGGGCAUUGCGGAAGAAGCUCUCGGUGUCGCUGGGCUGGUGAUUUCAUGCCUAUUUAUGGUUGAAUUGAUUAUGGUAACGUUUAGCUUUGGAACGGGGUAUUUUUCCACCUGGUUUCAUAUUUUCGAUUCACUGGUGAUUCUAGUUGCCUUUGUCAUCUCAAUCUCGUUUCAAGGCUUUGAAGAGGAACUGGGCUCGCUCGUGGUCGUUCUGCGUCUCUGGCGCGUGUUUCAAAUCAUCGAAGAGUUGAAAUCCGCCAGUGAGGACACCCUCGGGCUAUAUCAACAAGAGAUUGAUAGGCUUCGGGAAGAGAAUUCUAGUCUGCGGCAGAGAUUGAACGUGGUUGUCGACGGAAAUGACGGCAUAGCAUGA